GACUGCCGGUGCAAACCACAAGCAGAUGUGGAAUGGUUUGCUUGCCCUCGUCAUUCUCAUCUUGUACUCCGUGGCUGUGGCAGCUCUGGUCCUCAUGGCUCUUUUCUACACACACUCAGAGGGCUGCAUGUACAACAAGGUGCUGAUCGGUGUUAACGGCGGCCUGUGCCUCUUUGUGUCGCUGGUGGCCAUAUCGCCCUGUGUCCAGAAUCGCCAGCCCCACUCUGGCUUGCUGCAGUCAGGAGUUAUCAGCUGCUACGUCAUGUACCUCACUUUCUCAGCACUAUCCAGCAAGCCACCAGAAACUAUCCUAGAUGAAAACCAUCAGAACGUCACAAUCUGUGUUCCUGAAUUCAGUCAAGGCCUGCACAGAGAUGAAAACCUGGUUACUGGCCUGGGUACUACCAUCUUGUUUGGCUGCAUUUUAUAUUCUUGUUUGACCUCAACAACACGUGCGAGCUCCGAGGCACUGAGGGGAAUAUAUGCCGCACCUGAAACUGAAGUAGCUCGUUGCUGCUUUUGCUGCGUGCCUGAUGGAGAGGCUGAUGCUGAAGGGCACGCUGAAAAAAGGGGUGGCCAGACUGUGAUUUACGAUGAGAAGAAAGGCACCGUGUACGGUUAUGCCUACUUCCACUUCGUUUUCUUCUUGGCUUCGCUCUACGUGAUGAUGACAGUAACUCAUUGGUUCCAUUACGAAAGUGCUCAGAUUGAAAAAUUCUUCACCGGCACCUGGUCCAUCUUCUGGAUUAAGAUGGUCUCCUGCUGGAUUUGCGUCUGUCUGUACUUAUGGACUCUUAUUGCUCCACUCUGUUGCCCAACCAGAGAGUUCUCAGUGUGA